GGUAGUAGCAGAGGAGUAAACCCCAUAUGUGCGUCUCUGGUGUAAACUGUGCUGUUGCUGUGCUAAUACUGUGCUAAAAGUAAAUGCUGUUGCUUUGUAUGCGAGGCAACACCGCAAAACAACGCAGGGAGGUGUGCUCUUAGAUGUCGUCGUCAGCGGCAGUGGAACAGAUACAAGGGCUAAUAGAUACAACGAUACACUAUACCCCAAAUGUUCAUAGUGGGGGGGGGGGCUAUAAGUAUAACCAGAAACCAGUGGGAUACGGAGAUAUAGCAAAGAAAACAUGGGGGACACAAGCAAAGAUACAGGCAUGGCGACCCUAACCAGUCCCAUCAGUGAUGACAGGCUGUCCUCCCUAAGUGCAGGAAGUCUUCUGAGUGACUUGCCAGGAUCGGUUAGCCGCAAGAUCUCUACCAUAAUCCCCAUGUUAGGAAUUGGUCCAUGGCAGGGACUGGACUGCUGGGUUGGUGACGGAGACGAGGAAUACAUGCCGCACAAGAGAGUAUUUGUAAACAGGAGUCUUCACAUAAAGAAAAUAAGGUUUUACGGAUUUGAUAUGGAUUACACACUUGCAGUUUACAAGAGUCCUGAGUAUGAAUCACUUGCAUUCCAGUUGGUCAUUCAACGACUCAUUGAAAUUGGUUACCCUUCGGAAUUAGUCGAUUUUGAGUAUGACCCAACAUUUCCAGUCAGAGGCCUCUGGUAUGAUAAGGAGUAUGGAAAUUUGCUCAAAGUCGAUCAAUAUGGAAACAUUUUGGUAUGUUGUCAUGGAUUCAAGUUUCUUAAACCAAUGGAGAUACGAGAGCUGUAUCCAAAUAGCUUCAUCAAGUUGGAUAAGAGAAUUUUUGUGCUAAAUACACUGUUUAAUCUACCAGAAACCUACCUGUUAGCCUGCGUGAUUGACUACUUUGAUUGCUGUGAGGAAUUUCUUAUCAGGAAGGACAAUAAGGGUGUCUACAAAGGAGAAUUGUACAUGUCCUACCAAUCGAUCUUCCAAGACAUCAGGGUAGCUGUGGACUGGGUACAUCUCAAGGGGUCAUUAAAAAAGAUUACUGUCAGUGACCCAAAGAAGUAUGUGAUAAAGGAUGAUAGACUUCCUAUUCUACUGGAUAGGAUGGCAGAACACGACAGCAAAGUAUUUCUGCUAACCAACAGUGAAUAUUGGUAUACUGCAGGCAUUAUGUCAUACCUGUUAGACAAACCAGGUAGAAACUGGAAGACCUACUUUGACUACAUAUUAGUUGAUGCACAGAAACCACUGUUCUUUGCAGAAGGUACAAUACUGAGGCAAGUGAAUCAGGACACAGGAGCAUGGAAAAUAGGCUCACAUGUAGGACCACUCAAAAAGGGAUCAGUGUAUGCUGGAGGUUCUUGUGAUGUCUUCUCUAACAUGAUUGGAGCGAAGGGCAAGGAUGUCCUCUACAUUGGCGACCAUAUUUUUGGUGACAUAAUGAAGUCAAAGAAGAUUAGAGUUGGUAUGCCGCAUGAGUCGACAGUUGAGCACGUCGAGAUGACGUGCGAGGAAGACAUGGGCAAUUUCAUCGCGAGCCGCUCGCGCGAUGUCUCCGGUACUGCCGAGAGCCCGGCGCGAUCGCCGCGCCGACGCCACGACAGCCUCGUACCGCACCUGUGGGCAGAGACGCCGCAGGAGCUGACACACCUGCACGACGAUGACGACGAGGAAGACGAUGACAACAACACAAGCGGCGGCGAGAGAAAGGAUACGGCAGACGAGAAAUCGUCCGAGGACGAGGAAGUGGUGCACACGCACUGCGUGCCUGCUUUCAUGAUCGACGAGCAUCACGACCCGCCAUCAGACUAACAACAAUGUGCACCGAGCAGCAUGGCAACGUUUAUAUGAAGUUUUAUAGAUCGGAAGUAACGUACGUUGUCAGGUGCCGACAUACAGAAAAUCACACCUUAAUGUGAAGCAUGUCAUUGAUUGUAUUUAUGUUAUACAAGUAUCACAUACUUUUCUGUUGCUUACAUCAUGCAAGAUGUACACCAAUAGACUAGAGUACUAGUACUAAUAGUCACUAGUAAUAAUUUUAAUUGUGUGGAAAUGAAAUCUAGAAGCUAUUUUGAGGUAUAUUUUAAAUAGAUUUAAAAGUUGUUUUAAAUAUAUACGGGUUGAUAUAUGUUAUACAAAACAUGAUUUUUAAAUGGACAUGUAGUAAUAGUUGCAUGGGAAAUUGCUGUGAUAACAUUUUAGCUACGUUUUUGCCAUUGCAUAUUAUAUGCGAAUGUUAUGUCAACAUAAAGUAAAGUGAGCGUACAUGGUGCGAUGGUAUGCGUAGUGCACAUGCGUACAUGGUACAUGGUGCGAUUGUCACUAGAGAACUGUGUAUAACCACAUUAGUUUUUAAUUGAAUAACUAAAAUAAUAACAAUAAUAAUAUUAGUAAUAGUGAUGAUAAAGCAUGAUAUUUAGCCAUUUUAAUUUGAAUAUCCUGUUGUUGUCUUCUAAACAGGCCUACCUCGAGAUCGUUAUAAAUUAGGUGCCUAAAUUUGGUAAAGGGGUGUUAUUUGAUAUGUACGAUCGACAUGGAACAAAUAUACACAUUUAACGUAACCUACAUAAGCAGCUCGGCGCUUUAGCGUCCAUAACCUCAGACAAUGUUAACCGCAAUAAAGCAUUAGCAAAACAUUUGAAAUGCUGAAGAUCCAUGGGCUUUUACAGGGACUUCGAUCCCUGGAUCCCCCGAGUCUGUUUUCCAGUUUAUUUUUAAUGGUGUAAUAUCAUGCCUGACAAUCAUUGUAUUAAAAAAUGCAAUUUUGUAAUUCUUUCUAUUAUAGAAAAAUGGUCAGAAACCAUAAAGAUGUCAUUGUGUGAAAGAAACGUGACUGUGCAAACGUGCCAACUGCCAACUCAUUCAUUGCUUGGCUUUCUUAUAUUACUUCUCUGUGCUUACUCGCGCGCAUCAGGCUGUGCGUGUGUUUACGUAGACGCUGCCGUGUUCCAUGUAGAUUUAAUGCCUUGUAUGAAAUUUAAUUGCUAUUUUAAUACAUUUGUUACUGAAUUAUA